GAAGCAUUGUUGACGGCAGGAGUGAAACACAGAUAAAUCGAUAAAUUAAGUGUCUUUGUAGUGAAAUCUACUUAUAAAUGUUUGAGUGAAAAUAACCUCAACGUUGUGACACCGAGAUGGCAGGACGCUUCAAGAAAAUACAGAGGAUCGGACGAGGAACCUUCGGGGAGGCGUGGCUCGUCUCCAGCACCUGUUCCGGAAGGAGAUACGUGAUAAAGGAAGUCCGCGUCGAGGAGAUGAGCGAGGAGGAGCUGGAGAAGACGCGCACGGAGGCCACGAUCUUGGCUCGCUGUAAACACUCGAGCAUCAUCCGCUACAAGGAGUACUUCAUGCUCGCCGACCCCGCUACUAUGUGCCUCGUGAUGGAGUACGCCGAUGGGGGAGACUUGUCCGUGCGGGUGAAGGAGGCGAGGAAGAAGGGAACUUACAUCACCGAGGAAUCUAUUUUGCACUGGUUCGUUCAAGUGAUCUUUGCCGUUCAGUAUCUGCACAGGAACAACAUCCUGCAUCGAGACCUGAAGACGCAGAACAUCUUCCUGACGAAGACGAACCUGGUGAAAGUCGGGGAUUUCGGCAUCGCCCGCUUCCUCAGGGACAAGCAGGACCUCGCUACAACGGCCAUCGGGACCCCUUAUUACCUGUCUCCGGAGAUCUGUCAGAGACGCCCCUACAACCACAAGUCCGACCUGUGGGCGGUGGGCUGUGUCCUGUACGAGCUGUGCGCCCUCAAGCACCCCUUCGACGCCGACACGUUCGAAGAUCUCAUCCUCAAGAUACUUCGCGGGGUGGUGUUGCCGCUGCCCUCGUGA